AUGGUCUUGGCAGUAGCAGCACCACACAAAAGGAGACGCCUCCAUUCGUCACCUUUUGAUACCGAGGACAAUGACGAUGACCAGGUCGGUACCUCGCGCUCGCCCUCUCCUGCAGCAGACGCUCAGCCUGUAUUACACAUGAUCUCGUCUCAUCACCAACAUCCUUCUGCCAAUCCCCUCAAUCAUGCUACCGCUGCUACCGCUUCCUCGGCUGCUUCCCCCAAACAUCAAUGCGACAUUUGCCAAAAGACAUUUGUGCGACACGAACACAUGCUUCGCCACCGUGCUUCGCACACCGACACGGCUUCCUAUUCUUGCGAUCAUUGUGGAAAGCUUUUCCGCAGAAGCGAUGUUCUCCAUCGUCAUCGCAGGUUACAUGCUGCGCGUCGCGAUCUCAUGCUCAAUGUUAACAGCUCCAAACUUACAAAGCGACAGAGAUCGGCUCUAGCCAGGGUCGAGGCCGCCUGUCUUCGUUGCUCGUCUAAGAAACUCAAGUGCGACGCCGUGAGACCUUCCUGCUCACGCUGCCUUCGCAAAUCAGGCGUCGUCUGCGUCUACCCCUCCUCCUCGUCCGAAGUCUCACCACCCUCACCCAUCUCACGAAAUCGCUCCGUUUCGAUCCUUGACGAUGUAUGGAUGCCUGACUCGUCUACCACGCUCGAAUUUUCUACCAAUGACCCCCACUCUCCCGUGCCUACCUCGAUGCACCAGUAUCCGGCGCAACCUCAAGUGCUCACUCCAGCCAAAUUCUCGACUGCUGACUCUUCCAUCGACUCUUCCGCACACGCAGUACGUUCAGCACAAACCUCGCAACCACCCUAUCCGCGUUCAAAAGGGAGCUUCAACGCAGACUCAUUCCCCGCCGCCAUGAUGCCGGCUUCCACCUACUUUUCCACAAAUGGCGCUUCUAGCACACCAAGCUCGUACCACCAAACCGCCUCGCCUUCCGUCGAAAACUCAAUUGUCGACAAUCACGUCAUUGGCGCAACGCCUGGUCUAAUCGACAUGAUCCAGAACACAGCUUCAUCGCUUCCGUCUACCGAUGUGAUUGACGAGCGCAUGCUUAGCGACCUUCUCGGCUGGCUCGAUGGGCACAAAGCUCCAGAUACCGCCCACUCUGGUCAGAUCGACUGGAUUUUUGGAGACAGUCCCGAGGCGCCCCAGCUCCUCGAUUGGUCCCAAAUGCAAGAUUGGGCCAACUUUGACCUCGCUCCGCUGUCUGCUGAUGCUGUCGCUUCCAAUAUUCACCAAAUAGAAUCGAUGCCGCCUCAUCGCCAGCAGCAGCUUGCCCCUGUGCAUCAGCGCGAUGCGUCCGUCGAUGGCUCAGCUCCUCACCACAGUCCGCUCUUUGUACUCAGUUCUGCAGCCGAGUUGAUCCAUGCACCAUCGCGAACCCCGCAGACUCGAUUGCAACAGCUCGCUCCCCCUCGUCCCAGUGCCCAACCUCAGACGCAGACUGCUUCGCGCCCUGAAAGCAUUGACAAUGUCCACGCUAGCGCCGGAACAGAUUCCAGGACCAUCGCUGAAGGACGAUCCCGAUGGAAUAGCCCUGAACUCGCCGAUGACGACACCGCACCCAGCGACUCGACCAGAUCGGACCCGCUCGGCACCAGGCGCAAAACCGACACUGUACCCAGCAGCGACAGAACCAGCAACAUCGAGCUUCCUUCAAAUGCAGCACGCAACGAAAAGUCAACUUCGGGCCGCCGAGCAGCUGCCAUCGAAGCGUGGCCAAAUCGAUGGAACCCGACCAUCAAGGUCAACUCGUUGCCCAGCUUCUCCUUUGUCAAAGCCUCCGAAGAGCACCUCAUGGCCGAAGACAUGGCGCACGUCAAACGCGUCAGUCAUGCCGCUAUGCUGCGAAUGGCCGAAUACCUCCGCAAUGCAGCUAUCGACUCGCUCGAACAGCAACGUUUCGAUGACACCUUUGCCACGCUCGACGCUGCUACCCUCAACGUCUAUCUCCAGCUCUUCUUUCACCACUGCUACUCGUACCUUCCUGCCAUUCACCAGGUCACCUUCCAUCCCGACCGCUGUGAUCCACGUUUGCUAGCUGCGCUUUGCGCCAUCGGCGCCUUCUUCUCAGAAGUGCCAGGUAGCCGUAACGCAGGAAUCUACCUUGCCAGUCUCGUUCAGAUGAGCGUCAGUCGCGCCACGCUCUCCAACAACGCUCUUGCUCGCGUCACCUCUACAUUUCAGUCGAUUCUGCUCAUCUAUAUGCUUUGGCGUAGUGUCGGCGUACCCUCUCGUCAGGAAUACGCCGAAGCAUUCAGGGGCACCUAUUGCACAAUGAUCCGACGUUGCAGGCUACUCGAGGAUAUCUCGCCUCCCAGACUCCCCGCCGACGUCACCCUUGAGGAUCGAUGGACCGCUUGGGUUGCAUGGGAGUCUGGACGACGCACUGCCUGGUCAACGCUUGUCUCCGAGACCGAGCUUUCCAUUCACUGGAAUCUGCCCGAGCCAUUUGCACCCGACGAGCUCACCGGAAAGCUUCCGUGUGACGAUCGGCUCUGGGAGGCACCCUCGGCGAUUGAGUGGGCACAGACGGCCAUCUUUUUGUCAUCGGCCUCAAGAGUGUUUGAGGGUGAGGGCAGUCUGCUACCUCAGCCUGUCCACCAAAACGAUGUUAGCAACUUUACCUGGCCUGACAACUCAUAUCAACUGGAUGUGACUUGGGUAUGUGACGUCAUUCAACGCACGGCGCAGUCUUUACCACAAGGCCGUCCUUCGUCGGUGACCGAGGCGGAGAGGGAGGCCAUCGCCCGCCUUUCGCCUUUCAAUCGAUUGUGCGUUGGAUCAGCUGUGAUGUUAUCAACGCACCAUACAAUGAAGAUGGUACGCUUCUGUUCGAUGCUACUCGGCGACGAAGAGCAGGCCAAAGAGCGUAUGCGUAGAUACCUGGCUGCCGCCACCGACCUGUUGAGCCUCAACCAGGCCAGAGAUGCUCGCGUAGACCUGCUCCUGCAUGCAAUCCAGCUCUUUGAGCUGGUAUCUCCUGAGAUGCUUCAAGUGCUUUCCUGCCGACGUGGUGUACCACGUAUGUACGCUGCUCGACAGCGGAUUUCUCGGGAGCUCAACCAAGCAAAGCCGUGGAAGACCGCGUUGAUUGUUUUUCAUGCCGGGCAGAUGCUUCGUCUGGCGAAGCAAAGCUUGCAGAGGGCGCCGGUGGAAUGUCUGCACAUAUUUUACGCCGCAAUCGCAUUGCACGCGGUCUCUGUGCUCGUUUUGCAGCAAGAUGCACUUGCUCCACCAGGACAGAUUGUUCGAAUCGCGUUCAACGGACCUGCACGCUCCACGGCUCCUCAAGCUCCUUCGACGCAUGCUGGAUAUGAAGCGACUGUCGGACAGACGCGGGCAUGGCGAGCCGGAUCUUCGGCUUCGGGCGCAUCUUCGACAUCACCCUCCUCUGUCGGCGGCGGAUCACCAUACAGCACCAGUGGAACAAGCAUUACCGGUACUACACCGUCAGAUGGGCGUCAGUCGACUGGGCUCGGAAGAAAGACAACGUUUAUGCUCGAGUCUGUGGGCAACCUGGCGCAUCCAAUGGCGCCCGAAAAGUUGCUGUCGCUAGCGUCCAAGUGGUUGAGAGCAGAUGACGGCGUUGGUGUGUGGCCCAUCGGUCAGUCACUGGCCAAGAUCCUCGAUUUAUUGACAACUCUAACUCCAAAACAGGCUGGAGCUUGA